CGUUGCAUUUCUUCAUUUUGUUUACAGACCAAAAAACUCACUCUUUGACAAACCCAUUCACCCGUUUUAACCUCAUUGCCUAGGGUUCCACUCGAAAGCGAGAGCAAGAGGGUCAAUCAGCGAGAGAGAUAUGCCCCGUCGCGGUGGAGACGAGGACGACGAUGACCUGGAGCCCGAGGAGGAAGGGUAUUUUGAGGAGGAUGAGCCGGGGCAGCUCUACGAUGAAGAUGAGGAGGAAGAGGAGGAGGAGGAAGAUAGACGCGGAUCGAGUAGGAAGCGCCAGAGAUCGGCGUACAUAGACGAUGUAGCCGAGGAGGACGACGAGGAGUAUGAAGAUAGCGAUGAGGAUUAUGGUGGCGGCGGCGGCGGGGGCGGUGGUGGCAGGGACAAGAGGAAAAAGACCAAGAAGAGUGGCCAGGAGUUCUUCGACCUCGAGGCGCAGGUCGAUUCCGAUGAUGAAGAGGAAGAGGAGGAAGGCGAGGAUGACUUCAUUGAUAAUGGUGGUGCGGAUCUGCCUGAUGAUGAUGAUGGUAGAAGAAUUCAUCGGCGCCCAUUGCUGCCGCGGGAAGAUGAGCAAGAAGAUGUUGAAGCUCUUGAGAGGAGGAUCCAGGCUAGAUAUGCAAGGUCUAGCCACGCAGAUUAUGAUGAGGAGACCACAGAUGUAGAUCAACAAGCUCUUUUGCCAUCUGUUAGGGAUCCAAAGCUGUGGAUGGUGAAAUGUGCGAUUGGUCGUGAACGAGAAGCAGUUGUUUGCCUGAUGCAAAAGUCCAUUGAUAAAGGAUCUGAAUUGCAAAUCAGGUCUGCUGUUGCCCUUGACCAUCUCAAAAACUAUAUAUAUAUUGAAGCAGACAAAGAAGCCCAUGUUAAGGAGGCUUGCAAAGGUUUGCGCAAUAUAUUUUCUCAGAAAGUAAUGCUGGUCCCUAUUAGAGAAAUGACUGAUGUUCUUUCAGUUGAAAGCAAAGCAAUUGAUCUCUCUAGGGAUACUUGGGUCAGAAUGAAGAUUGGGACAUAUAAAGGGGAUCUUGCAAAGGUGGUGGAUGUAGAUAAUGUGAGGCAAAGAGUUACAGUAAAAUUAAUUCCAAGGAUAGACUUACAGGCUCUUGCAAGCAAAUUGGAGGGCAGAGAAGUUGUGAAGAAGAAGGCAUUUGUUCCUCCCCCACGUUUUAUGAACAUUGAUGAGGCUAGAGAACUCCAUAUUCGUGUAGAGCGCAGACGAGAUCCAAUGACCGGAGAUUAUUUUGAGAACAUUGGUGGCAUGAUGUUUAAAGAUGGUUUUUUGUAUAAAACAGUAUCCAUGAAAUCAAUUAGCUCUCAAAAUAUAAAACCUACUUUUGAUGAACUUGAAAAAUUUCGGAAACCUGGUGAGAAUGGAGAGAACGAUAUGGCUAGUUUGUCAACUUUAUUUGCAAAUAGAAAGAAAGGGCAUUUUGUGAAGGGCGACGCAGUUAUUGUUAUCAAGGGAGAUCUCAAAAACUUGAAGGGAUGGGUUGAGAAAGUUGAGGAAGAGAAUGUUCACAUCAGACCAGAAAUGAAGGGCCUUCCGAAAACUCUUGCUGUAAAUGAAAAAGAGCUUUGCAAGUACUUUGAACCUGGGAAUCAUGUGAAGGUUGUCUCUGGUACACAGGAAGGUGCAACUGGUAUGGUUGUUAAGGUUGAGCAGCAUGUCCUCAUAAUAUUAUCUGAUACAACAAAGGAACACAUACGUGUGUUUGCUGAUGAUGUUGUAGAAAGCUCUGAGGUAACUUCUGGUGUCACAAGAAUUGGGGACUACGAGCUUCAUGAUCUAGUGCUUCUGGAUAAUAUGAGUUUUGGUGUAAUUAUUCGUGUAGAAAGUGAAGCAUUUCAGGUUCUCAAGGGAGUUCCUGACAGACCUGAGGUUGCUCUUGUUAAGUUAAGAGAGAUUAAAUGCAAGCUUGAUAAGAAAAACAGUGUGCAAGAUCGGUAUAAGAAUACUGUAGCUGCAAAAGAUGUUGUGAGGAUUAUUGAGGGUCCCUGCAAAGGGAAACAAGGCCCUGUGGAACAUAUACACCGAGGAAUCUUGUUCAUCUAUGAUCGCCAUCACCUUGAGCAUGCAGGCUUUAUAUGUGCUAAAGCCCAUUGUUGUGUUAUUGUGGGAGGAUCACGUGGCAAUGGUGAUAGAAAUGGUGAUUCAUACUCAAGAUUUGCUAAUCUCAGAACUCCACCUCGUAUUCCUCAAUCCCCGAAGAGAUUUUCUCGAGGAGGUCAUCCAAUGGACUCUGGGGGAAGGCAUAGCCAUAGAGGUGGAAGAGGAGGGCAUGAUGGUUUGGUUGGUACAACAGUAAAAGUCCGCCAGGGUCCUUUCAAAGGCUACCGUGGGCGUGUAGUAGAAGUUAAAGGCUCAUUAGUUCGGGUAGAAUUGGAGUCACAGAUGAAGGUUGUCACAGUUGACCGCAAUUUUAUUUCUGAUAAUGUGGUUGUUUCUACCCCAUAUCGUGAUGCUCCUCGCUAUGGCAGUGGGAGUGAGACUCCCAUGCAUCCUUCUCGAACUCCAUUACAUCCGUAUAUGACUCCUAUGAGAGAUCCUGGAGCAACACCCAUUCAUGAUGGCAUGAGGACACCUAUGCGUGAUCGAGCAUGGAAUCCUUAUACGCCAAUGAGUCCGCCAAGGGAUAAUUGGGAAGAUGGAAACCCUGGCUCUUGGGGAACCAGUCCACAAUAUCAGCCAGGAAGUCCUCCUUCACGUACAUAUGAAGCGCCAACUCCUGGUUCUGGUUGGGCCAGUACUCCUGGCGGCAAUUAUAGUGAAGCUGGAACACCAAGGGAUAGCAGUUCUGCCUAUGCCAAUGCUCCUAGCCCUUACUUGCCAUCAACUCCUGGUGGACAGCCAAUGACACCAAAUUCAGCUUCCUAUCUUCCUGGCACUCCUGGAGGGCAGCCAAUGACACCGGGAACUGGUGGUCUGGAUGCCAUGUCUCCUGUCAUAGGCGGGGACAAUGAAGGGCCAUAUUUCAUGCCAGACAUAUUGGUAAAUGUACGCAGGUCGGGAGAGGAUUCUGUUGUAGGAAUUGUCCGGGAGGUGCUUCCGGAUGGCUCUUGUAGGAUUGUUCUUGGGUCAAGUGGCAAUGGUGAAACCAUAACAGUUCUUCCUAAUGAAAUGGACGUGGUAGUACCAAGGAAAAAUGACAAGAUUAAAAUCAUGGCUGGUGUGCUACGUGGUGCCACUGGUAAGUUGAUUGGUGUGGAUGGCAGUGAUGGAAUUGUAAAGGUGGACGACACUCUUGACGUUAAGAUUUUAGACUUGGUUCUUUUGGCAAAGCUAGCACAGCCAUGAUUGACAUGGCAAUAAGAAGAAAAAUGUGUAUUAUAUAUAUAUCAUUGUUAGUUAUGGAAAAAGGUUUUGAGGGAUU